ACCUAUAUUACUUAUUAUUAUCUUCUUCAUUUUAUUUUAAUGUAUCAUUAAUAUUACUAACAAAAUAUUAAGAUUCAUCAAAUGUCGGUUCUUUCUUCUCGGACAGGACGAGAUCGUCAACGUUACGACAACAACUUCCGUCUCGUUUCUGGAUGCAUUCCUUAUAGGCUGAUUAAAGCUGACGAUAUUGAAGAAGACUCAAGUGUUGACUUUGUUAACAAACUUGAAGUUCUUAUGGUUUCAUCUCCUAAUCGUCAUGAUCUUGUCUUCCCAAAGGGAGGGUGGGAAGAUGAUGAGACUGUUCUUGAAGCUGCUUCUCGUGAAGCCAUUGAAGAAGCAGGUGUUAAAGGAAUACUUAGAGAAGUUCCUUUAGGAGUUUGGGAAUUUAGAAGCAAAAGUAGCACAGUGGAGGAUGAAUGUUUAGGUGGAUGCAAAGGAUAUAUGUUUGCAUUAGAGGUUACCGAAGAACUCGAGGAUUGGCCAGAGCGAAAGAAUCGUGAGCGGAGAUGGUUGAAUGUUAAAGAAGCGUUGGAGCUUUGUCGGUAUGAGUGGAUGCAGAGAGCACUUGAAGAGUUUUUGAGAGUAAUGGAAGAUGAUGGAAGAUUGAGAACAGAGGAAGAGACAGUGCAGGAUUCUUCAAAGCUAGAGGAGGAGUGUCAAAUAGAUCCUUGAAACAAGAGCAAAAACAAACAAGAGAAGAAGUCACAAGAAGGGAAGUACCUUGGAGUAAGGAGGCGUCCAUGGGGAAGAUAUGCAGCUGAAAUCAGAAACCCUUUUACUAAAGAAAGACAUUGGCUUGGAACGUUUGAUACAGCCGAAGAAGCUGCUUUUGCCUACGAUGUUGCUGCUCGAUCCAUCAGCGGCUCUCUAGCUACAACAAACUUCUUCUACACUGAAAACACCUCUUUAAAAAGGCAACCACAACAGUUGUUACAGUCUUUAGGCCCUGAUAUGACUUGGGGAUUAUCUUCUAGUGUCUGUCUUCUUCAAGAUCAGCCUUUUGAAAACAACCAUUUUGCUGCUGAUCCUAUCUCUUCUUCUUUUGCGCAAGAACAAGAGUCUUCUGCCAAUCUCACUAACACUUUCUCACAUUGUUAUGAUGAUGGCGAUCAUGUUGGUCAAAGCAAAGAGAUUUCUUUACCUUCUUUGCCUAAUGAUAUGUCAAACAGUUUAUUCGGUAUUCAGGACAAAGCCGGUGAACACGACAAUGCAGACCAUAUGAAGAUUGGCUCAGUUCUCAGCGAUGAACCUCACUGCUUCGAGUGUGACUACAUUGGGAAUUAUCUUCAGAGUUUUCUCAAAGAUGUAAACGGUGAUGCUCCUCAGUUUCUUAUGUGAUCUUUUAUAAGCACUUUCAUACCAAUCCUUCACUUUAUUUAAUAUGAAAAGUAUUGUGUCUUUUUUUAGCGUCAAAUGCAGAGUUGUG